GGCGACGCUCCCGCGCGCUUCCGCGCCGCCUUCGACCGCGCCGCCACGCUGCUCAUCGACUGCGUGCGCAGGGACAUCGACACCUCCAACGCCAACCUCAACGACGACGCCAUCCUGGUGCGGCACACGCUCAAGUGGCUGUACCGCGCGAUGGACCACGACAAGCGGCACCUGGCGCCGGUGCUGCGGCCGUACCUGCAGCGGCUGUUCGCGGCGUCGCACGAGGGCGGCUGGCACCUGGAGGAGUGGCGGCGCCGGCGCUGCGUGGGCGCGGCCGCCGACGCCGACGAG